UAUAGUCAACCAAUUUUGCAUCGUUCUGUGGUGCAAGUGAUCAUGUGCGGUCUUGCUGGGCAGCGUGCGCCAAGACUCUUCUGGGCGGUGACGUUGGCAUAUAAAUUCUGCAAAGCCCGCAACGGUUCUUGCGAACCCGGACAUAGUAGAGCGGGGCCCUAGUACCGGACGAACCGCACCGACUAGGAACCGCGCUGAUCAAUCGGUCUAUCUCGCCCAGUAGUGGAUGGUGUACAUGUGUGCGAUUUAUUUUUAAACACACGGAAACGAACGGCCAUUACACUCACUCCGUUAGCGCGGACUCACCUCCUUCCGUUUGUGUCGUCGUGCUGCCCGACGCAACCCCAUUCUACUCCGCGCGUCGCAUGUCCGCUACCGUACGCUUUUGUUGCUGCUGCUGCUGCUGCUGCUGCUGCUGAUUUUAUUCCCGCUGUGUCGUUGUCAUCUUCGGCUAAGCGUGCGCGACGCGGAAGCAAGAAAAUUUCCGGGAAGAAAACGCACUGCGCGCGCGAGACGUUCUAGGCGACGGUGAGAUUGAUGUGCGUGCUGAUCACCCAACCCGGCACAUACACAGUCGCGCACAGCCUAUAGACACGCGGUUGCAGUGACCAUCUCAAUCAUUAUCACCGUGCGUGCGUGUGAAUGUAUGCGACUCAUGUAGCGUGUGUUGGUGUGCCGCCUCACCGUUCGUUGUUCGUGUCUGGUGGUAGUAGAAGUAGUAGUAGGCCGCGACCGCGUUGUUCCGUUUCCGUUGUACUACACAGCAGCGAGCGAUUUUCCGGGCUCGGGGUUUUUUCCCUCCCAUCCGGCAAAUAGUGUGAAAACAGGCGAAGAAAGAAGAGGAAAGAUACAAGUGUGGUGCUAAUGCAUGUGUGCAGUGUUAUCAAGCUGAUAAUAGGAAAAGGAAAGAAAAGCGAGCGAGUGAAAGAAAAAUAGUUAAGCUAACCAGCUGAUGAUGACCACCAGCGCGCUUGAAGUGUAAUUUCGGGGUGCGUUUUGUGUUGUGAUUUUUCCGCGAGUGAUUUUUCGCCACCCCCGAGAGCCGAGUUUUCCCGCGCUUUUGUUGUGCCAACAAAUUGUAGCAACGUGUGUGUGUGCCGUGUUUGCGUGAAAGAAAAUCGCGGGAUAGAAUCGGGCGAAUUCUGCGCGCAGUCGUCAUCGCCAAUAGCAACGAUCAUCAUCACCAGAGCCAGGCCAGAGCAAAGAAAGGAAAAAAACACACACCAACGCGGUAAAGAAAAAGGCCAACUCGGAAAGGACUUUCGCCACCCGGAAGUGAGCGGUUGAGUGAGAAAAAGCACACGCGAGAGAAAGAGCGUGCUAAAAGACAGGAGUAUCCGUAACAGUAAGGAGAGAACCAGAAUUUACAAGCAACAAGUUGGACAACAGCAACACCGGAAGAAAAGCACUUGCCAGGACCCGCGGAACCCCCCUCAGCUGCAGACGUUUGACACAGAGUGAGGUGGAAGGAAGCAGCGAAGAAUUAUAUGGUUGUGCCCAGUGCAAGCGAAUUUACUUUUCGGAUGUCGCUUUCCAGUUCAACAGCUUUGAAAACAUAGCUGCAGAAAAUCUGGAUCCCCAAACCAAUCGCCGACAGCCAGGUAGUACGCUAGCACCAUUGCCGCCAUCAUACGUGAACAGCAGGCCAGCAGUGCAGCGGUGUCCGGUCAGGACGUAGUAACCAGCGCCCCCAACCAACCGCCGUCCACCGCCGCUGCAGCCAUCUUUGCCGCCGCAGCCAUGAAGCUUCUACCGAUCCCGCUCUCCCCGCUGAAUGCGCCCCCACCACUAGGCCUGUGGAACUCAGAGCUGCUCUGGCGCUAUCCGCCAGCACCGCCCAGCCCGCUGGCCGACCUCAAAACACAGCUUCCACCCCAGCUAAACACGGACCCGCGCAUCUGGGGCCGCGAUGAGGUCGUCGUCUUCCUGCGCUUCUGCGAACGCGAGUUCGAUCUGCCCAAGUUCGAUCUGGAUCUUUUCCAAAUGAACGGCAAAGCCCUGUGCGUGCUGACAAAGAACGAUCUGGCCGAGCGCAGCCCAGGCGCAGGAGAUGUCCUACACAACGUGCUACAGAUGCUGAUCCGCGAUGCACAGACGCUACAUCGGCACCUGCCCAGCAGUCCAGUUACACCGACCGGUCGCUACCCGCUCUCACCGCACAGCCACCCGCCAACGCCGAACUGGAGUGCGCUCGCGCCCCCGGACAGUCCCUUCUUCCACAGCUCGCACCUACAGCAGUUUAUGGCCGCGUCCAACUCGGUCACGCUCAGCCCGGCCCCAUCGAUCGAUUCGCAGGCCGGCAGUCCACCCUCACAAAGCCAUGCCGAACAGAACGUGUUCCAGCAGCAGCAGCAGCAGCCCCAGCCGGCCAAGUCCUCCGGCGCGGGUUCUUCCUCGUCGUCAUCCUCUGCCUCGUCAACGAACGGCAGUGCCGGGAGCGGUAGCGCCAACGGAAACGGUACCGGCCCGGGUAGCAACGGAGCGUCGACCACCAACGGUAGCAGCAGUCUCAUCAGCAGUAGCAGCAGCAACAGCAGCGCGGCCAGUAGUACCAGCAGCAGCGUCAGCAAUCAAUCUGACUCGGACGAAGAUAAUGCAACGGUGGGCAAUGGGUCCGCCGCAACUUCGACCACCGGUAGCUCCACCGGGAACGGAUUCCAUCCACUGCCACUAUCGCACCCGGACAGCAAGUUGCCGCUGAUCGCAACGCAUCCACCCCAGCAGAGCCCACCCCUGACACCGAUCUCGAAGGAAACGCAGCAUCUCGGACAGUUGCAGCUGCUUGACACGAAAACGCUCCAAUAUCCGGUAUCGUCACUGUUGAACGGUUCCAGCCCGAACGGUGGAUCGGGUUCCCGCGACCGGGACUCAUCUUCGUCGGUGGGAGGAUCCGCCUCGAGUGCGUCUUCGAAUGCAGCAGCCGCCGCAGCAGCAAUGGCAGCGGCCGUGCUCGGUCUGAAGGGAGCUUCCAAUGGGAGCGGUUCGUCCGGCUCUUCCGGAUCCAACUCGGCGCCAACCACGCCGGGAGCGUUCCUGCCAGUCAAGCGCGAGUUCUUCCCAGACAGCCCGGAACCAAAUACAAUUUCGUCCGGUUCGCUUUCAGACGGCCGCCUGCUGUGGGACUUCUUGCAGCAGCUGCUGAACGAUCCGAGCCAGCGGUACAGCAGCUACAUCGCGUGGAAGUGUCGCGAUACGGGCGUGUUCAAGAUCGUCGACCCGGCCGGUCUGGCCAAGCUGUGGGGCAAGCAGAAGAACCAUCUCUCGAUGAACUACGACAAGAUGUCGCGCGCGUUACGCUACUACUACCGCGUCAACAUCCUGCGGAAGGUGCAGGGUGAACGGCACUGCUACCAAUUUCUCCGCAAUCCGACGGAGCUGAAGAGCAUCAAAAACAUCUCACUGCUGCGGCAAACGAUGGCAGCCAGCCAGGCCGCAGCAGCCGCCGCCGCCGCACAGUCCGGAACCGGCAGCGAGCGCAACGGAACCGACCGAGGUCCAUCGUCCGCCGGCAACGGUUCACCCGGGGGCAAUAAUCCGCUCAUGUCGCUCCUGCCGAACGGUGCCAACAUUCAUCAUCUGGCCGCUGCCGCCGCCGUUGCUGCUGCCGCCUCCCAAAACGGACCGCUUUCGCCUUCAUCCUCUUCCUCGUCCUCAUCGCCAUCGUCCCUGCACCAUCAUCAUCUGCAGCAGCAGCAGCAGCAGCAGCAAGCCGCCCUCCAUUCGCAUCAUCUCGCAGUACAAAAUGGCGCCGGGUCGGGUGUGCACCAUCGCAGCAUUAAGAUGGAAACCGACCUGGACGACCUGAAGCCGACCGAUCUCAGUACGAACGAUCGCAAGUUUAGCUACGGCUCGCCGGUCAACGGUACCGACUGCUAUCCACUGAUUCGAAAUGCUAACGGGCUGACCACUAUUCAGCUGCUCCGACAGCAGCAGCAGCAGCAGCAGCAGCAACAAUCGGAAUCCGGAUCGCCACCGUCCUCCCCAACGCCGCUGUCGAUCAAUUCGCAAUCGUUGCAUACGAUCAGCAGCAACCUGCACCAUCUGCACCAGCAGCAGCUCCAGGCACAGGCAGCGGCAGCGGCAGCGAUUGCGGCGGCAGCCGAAGCCCGCCACCAGCAGGACGACCAGGCGGACCAUCCGCAUCACCACCACCUCCAGCACCCGCACCACCACCCGGCGCGGAACGGUAGCCGGAGCAGCAGUACGAGCGGUGCGAGUGAGCACGAUCAUCGGGAACCGCACGACCACCACCGGGACCGUGAUACACCGUCGCCUGCCAACAGCGAUUCGUCCACCCAUCAUCCCGCUGCCCCAUCAUCGUCCCAGUCGCAGCAGCACCACCACCACCACCACAUGCACGUGAAAAGUGACGACGAUAGCAUGAUGCCGACGGAUCUGAGCAAAUCGGAGCCGAUGUACUACAAGUGAGUGAGCCGGCGGGUGGUGACGAUGAACGCGCGAAACUAGCAGCAAACCACAGCAUACGAUCUCAAACCACCAUAUAACCAGGAUCAUCCGCAACGCGACGGAGGAGCGCCACUAGCAAGCCAGCCAGCCAGCCUAAGGUGUGUGUCUUCUGUGUGCCAUCGCGUUUCGCUCGUCCAUCGCUCGUCGUCGCGUUCCACCGUUUAUAUAUAUACACACCACCGUUUAAAAUGUACUGAAAUCCCACUUCCCCUCUACUUUUGACAAACGGCGAAGCUGUUAGAAUUCAAAACCCAUAGGCUUAGGGAACUGAGAGUUGACUGAGAAGGAGUGGAUUGCAGAUGUAUCAGGCACUAGAGGAAGCAGCUGUAGUAGUUGUAGUAUAAGUAGUAGUAUACACACACACACAGAGAGAGAGAGAUAUAUACAUUUAAAGAAGUUGUACAUUAUAUUGGAAAACCUUUUUCGACACACACACACACACAAAACCUUACUCUAUGUGCCAAUCUGAUUUAUGUUCUACGGUUUUUUUUUAUCGCGUUCAGAGUUUAAGAUGUUUAAAAAAGUGUGCAAAGGGGGAAACAAAACCCCUCCGGCAACAAAGAUAUUUUGAAAUUGUACAACACACAAACACAAAGCGAGGAGAGAGGAGCGAAUUUCUCAAAAAAGCAAAACAUAUUCAAUUGUUAGUAACCCGUUUUCACAUAUAGAGGGCGCUAGAUGUAUUUGCGCGUAUAGAGCGAUAAGGAUUGAUUCUGUACUUUGGUUUUGUUUUUUUUUUGCACCCAGCCUUGUGUGUUCCUUCUUUCUGCUGUUAGGAUAGCGCACACACACACACACACGCACGCACCCAUACACACAUACAUACAUUUGUACAGAUAGUUUAAUUUUUUGUUUUUCUCCCUAAUUUUUUUUUCUGGUAGUUACAAUUGUUAGCUGUAUUAUAGGAAGCGAAUCCUAAGGGUGGGAGACACGGACACGGUGUGUGUGUGUGUGUUGGGGUGAAACUGUGAAACAGCUUUUUCGUUUCUUAACUUUGGUUUCCGUUAGGGAUUUUUUUCUUUGUUACAAAUUAAGUGAUAGCUAAGCAUUGAUGUUUUCUCACGAGGCACGAUCGAAAGGAUCACACACACACACACAAACCUUACUGAUAUUUUUUUGUUUUUUUUUUGUUAAAUGGGGCAAUGGGGCGAAAACAAAGGCAACGUUUUUCUUGUGUUGUGAACAAACACAAGAGCGAUUAGCAGUAUAAGACGGCUUUGUUGCGACCGACCCCCCCCCCCCGCAUAAUAUGUGUUGUAAGCGAAUUGUAGAUGUGUAAGUGACCGGGCGUAUAGGGUUAACCGCGCGUACCUUUAAAGCAAAAAACAAAAACCUUCCACAGCCUCCCUCGAGAUUUGUUUUCCAAUUGGCUUCCAAUAACGUUAGGCACGAGGCAGGUUAAGAUGAGAGAGAGAAAAGAAAAGGGGGUAAAGGAUUUAUAUAAGAAAGGGCAGCUAAACACACACACACACAUAGACAAAAGAAAUUUAAAUUGAAUGUGAUUACAGGAGAAGAGGGGGCACAUACAAAAAAGUAACAAACUGUUAUCAGCACACACACACACACACGCGCGUUGUGGGAUACAAAAUAAAGUAAGCAUAGGCUAGAAAUGGGGAACAACAAGGAUUGAGCGAGUAAAAGGCGAGUUUUUUGGCGUGUUUGUGUUGUUUACCGCUUAAACGGUGUGCGUUGUUUGAUUUAGUGUUUAAUUCUCAAUGAGCCAGCACCACCACCACCAUGUUUUUGCUAAGAAGUUUGCUACUAAUUGGAUAAGAGGGUGUAACUGUGACUGUCCGUGUGUGUGUGCGUGUGUGUGCUGUGUGACUUUAGUGGCGCGCAACCAAUGCAAACGAAAUCUUCCUUAUAAUGUGUUUUUUUUUUUUGUCUGUGUAUUGUCUUUAAUUUUUGUAUACUGUAUAUGUUUAUGCUCCCCUUUAAAAAAAUAGUCCCCCGCGACACGUUCUUCCACGAAUAGGUUAUGGAACUUAGUUUGUCUUUCUUUGCGUUUUUCUUUUUUGUAAAUAUAGUAAACCAACGCUUAGUUAAAUGGAAA